AUGGCGAAAUCUACAGACUUUAAAAACUUAUUUUUGCUGAAUUCAAUUCACUCGCUAAUUUUCCUGAUCUUUAUGGAAAUUUUUUUCUUCCUUUUGGAUGGAAUAAACACAUUUGAGUUUAUAAACAUCCAGGAGAGGAUAUCUCAAAUGAUAUGGUGCUCCUUCUUUGUCAUGCAGAUUGGAAUCUUAAAAGUAGCUGAGGUGUUUUCCAAAAAUGUAAAUGGGAAACAGAUUGUCAGUGUGCAUUACCUGUUCAUUAUAUACGUUUUUUUGUUUCCUCUUUCGUCUGCCCUUUUGCUUACGUCCGCCUUGUCCUGGUCGAAGACAGUUUAUUUCAUCUGUAUUUUGAGCCUCUCUACAUCUGUUAAAAUAAGAGGCCUACUAUUUAUCUGCACCGUUACGUUAAUCACCGGGUUCGUGCGCUUUUACACUAGCAUGCCAACGUUCCCCAUCGCGCUGUGUUUCACUCUCCUUCUGCUCGUUCAUAUUGUAGUAUGUUUCAUCGUCCACCUUGAGCUGUACACCGUAGCUAGCCAAAUAGCUUACAUUAAGAAGAGGCCGCUGCGUGCUUUGGACACCGUGGAGCCCUACUUCCAGGAGCUCGAGAAGAAGGCCAUCUUAAUAAGGAACAAUUUGAUAUACUGCCAGCAGAAUGAUAUCAGCGUGGAUAUACUAGGGAACAACCUGUUCGAGUACGAGGUGAACGACGGAAUCAAGAAGAUCAAAACGAUAGGCAAAAGCAAGGUAAGGCUGGACCCGCAUGGCGACGAGCUGACCAGUGUGCAGUGCGAGGCCCCCCUCGACGUGAGCGACGUCAACUGCUCCAGCGUUAACUACUCCAGCGUUAACAACUUUGGCAUCGGGGGAGGGAAGCAGAACCUGCGGGAUGAAAGUGCUUCUUCUUUGUUCCAAGGGGGGGAGGCAUUAUCGGGUGGCCGCAAAUCUAAGGAUAAGACAAGGGUAGGCAAAAGGAAGGGCAAAAUGAAGGGCAAAAGAACAGUACAUCCUUCGGAGGAGUCCCCUCAGGGGAACACCCCAGGGGGAGAGCAAAGGGGGGUAGCUGAUAUUCAAAGACCAAAUAGAACAAAAAGUGUAGGCAAAAAUGAUCACCUGGGAAGUGACUUACCCCAGGUGAAGCACCUCCCCUCGCGAAGACACCAAAGUGGACUCUCAAAAAGGAACCUAUCAAAUUUGAACAGCUCAAAAGGAAGAGCAUUAGGAGAGAAAUUGGACAGGACGCAGCCUCAAUAUUAUGGAGAGACAUACAAAAAGGAGAUGGUCCAGAGGCACUUCAGCUUGCUUCGAAGUGGGCUGGGGAAAUUUCAUAGGAGAAGAAAUAUUAUACUCUCUGAAGAAUUGAAAAAAAAAAUUACGUACAUAUAUUUUGACCGAGAGGGAAAGGUUAAGCGGUCCCAAAUUAUUCCCCUGUAUGUGCUGGAGAGACACAACUUGAGUGGCAUCUCGAGUUACCUGAGGAGCGAGAACACGUCAUCCCGAAAUGGGCACCACUAUAAGAUGCGCGCCCUGCUGAAGGAAUACCCGGGGCUGAAGAUUGGCACCCCCACCCCCAGCAGCAACGGUAGCAGUAACCGCAGAAACCGCAGCAGCAGUGAGGGAGGCACACUUCGCAUGUUCAACUCCGAUGUGCUGGAAUCAGAGGGGAAGAGGAACGUCUCUAAUCAUAGUCAUGGCUUCUGCGCAUCGGUGGGAGGGUCCAGCAAAAAGGGGGAUCACAGUCAAGUGGCGGGCCGGGGCCGCAAGAGUGCCAGGCUGUUUUACCUCAUCCCAGCAGUUAAGGCAGAGGGAGGUGGAGCGAAACGGAAGAAAGACCCAAAUUUUGAGGCGAAGAAAAAGGUGAACCACCCUUCUCACCCCCAAUCUGCUGACAGGAGCGAUGGUGGAAGUACCACCCCUGUGAAGGACAAGUCCCUAUUUCAUGUAAACACAUCGAUGAGAAAAGACAGAUGUGUCAUCCAGCUGCAGGAGUCAAGUGAUGGUAGCCUGUCUGCUUCGCACAACGCAUUUUACAUCGACGACGUGGUGGAUGGCUCCUCCGGCACGGAGAUGGGGACGCAUAGCGGGGAUGGCACUGCGAGGUGUGGAACAUCUGAUGAGAGCGUUCAAGAGGGAUGGAGGAACGGGCGGGGUGAUGCGGUCAACAUGGAGGAUGCGGGAGACGCAAUCGGCGCGGUUUACCGGGUUAGAGCGACCGGGGGGGGAUGCGGAGAGGCCCACCGCCCAGCCGAACGGCCAAACGGAGCGCACCAAAUGGAGAAGAAAAAAAGCAACUGCUAUUACGGGGCAAAACUAUCACUGAAAAGGAGGAAGAAGAAAAAGGAAAGCCACCCCGAGGUGACAUUUCGAAGGGAAUUUCUCCUCCAAUUUUAUGAUGUCAUUUCGACGGAUGGUGCGAGCGAACUGUACGGAGUGAAUAAGCAGAGGUGUCACCAUUGGAAGGGGCUUCUCCAUUUUGUGAAUCCGCUGGGGGGUCUUUUCAGGGUGGCAAAGUGGGGGGUUGCAAGGUGGGGAAGCGCAACGUGGGGAGGUGCCACAUGGGGAGGUGCCACGUGGGGAAGAGGCGGGAAAUACUGGGCGCAGUACAACGAGGCGUUUGCCGCCGCAGAGUGGAGACAGAACAUUAGGGACAGCGAGCUGGAGUACAUCCUAAAAUAUAAGAGCUUCACCAAGUGGUACGGAUACUGGGUGAGGAGCGUGCUGUUCCGUCACUACAAGAGCACCCACCUGUUUGUCCUGCUUCUCUUAUUGCUAAACGUGCUCACGGUGUUUCUUCAGAUGGAGUUGUUUUCCCUGCUAGUCAGAGCCGACCAUGGGGGGGUGAGCUCGCCUAACCCCUUUUACAGGGACAAGCCACCACUCAUGAGGGCCAAGUUUACCCUAAGCAACACCAUCGACGAGAGCAUUUUUCGUCGAUUCCUUUGGGUGAGGAUACCCAUGCAGGUUGCCUUAAAUGUGCUGCUAAUGUUGCCCUCCUUUGUGGUGAAGAGUUACAGACAGGUAAGUUGGCUGAACGUGUGCUCCACGCUGAACUGCCUCGUCAACAUUUUCUUCGGGGCAGUGGACAUUUCCUAUUCACUCAACAGUAGGGUAUAUAACAUGGAGGAGCUUUACCCUUUGCUAAAUUACUAUAACGUGUUUGACCUCUUUCUGGUUGGGAAGCUAACGAUGAGCAUCUUUCUAAUCCCCUUUGUCACAAAUUUUAAUGAUUCCAAGACGGGUGCUUUGGUUUGUCUCAGCUGCGUCUGCUACAUUGCCACGUUUUACAGCGCCUUCAGUCCCUUUUCCUUCUCCAUCAAGCUGAUGUACAUCACCAACUUUGUGCUCCUCAUCGCGACGGCCGCGUCGACGGUGUAUUAUUCGGGGCUGAUCGCCAAAUCGCGCAAGAUGCUCUUCGUCAAGUACGUGCUGCCCUACUUCAUAUACCUCACCUUCCUGAACACGGACCCGAGCAUCCAGAUGGAGAUGAAGGAAAAGCGGCGGGCAGGCUAG